UUUAACAAUACCUUGGCAGCGCCUGCGCAAGCAGUACGUCAGUUUUGCCAACUCCCACCUCGCGGUCGUACGUAUCUCUCGGACGUUUUCUUUUCGGACGUCAAAAACGUCGCCAGUGGCGUUUUCUUAUUUUGUUUUCAUACGUGACCUUCGUAGACUUUCCCUGUGUAUUGGUUCAAACUUGUGAUUAAACUGGGUGAAUCUUCCUUUAUUAUUCCAACGAAUAACAUUAGUGAUUAUAUUGAAUAAAGUACAGUUGAUACACCGGAUAAUUUUGGAUGUUACGCUCCCUUGGACAACAUGAGGAGGAUGUGCCCCAGCUAGCGCAUGAGGCAUGAGGUAGAAAAGCGCCGACACCAUGCGGGGAACAUCACAGGCUACCGACUAGCAAACAUCUGCACUGCACGUUCUCUACACUGAGAUGCGGCGGCAGGCUCGGAUCUCAGCCGGCGGCGCGCUUGUGGUGCGUUCCGCCUCUGCUUUGCAAGUUUGGUUGUGGUUGCUGCUUUUUGUGUUCCAAAAUGAAUUUCGGAUAUCGAGAUCCAUUCAACCUGGAUAUUUGGACUUCGAUAAUCUCCCUGAAACAAAUUUCACGUGUACCGGCAAGGUGAUCGGUGGCUACUACGCGGAUCUGGAGACAUCCUGCCAGAUGUUCCACGUGUGUACCGUUGGUCAGCAAGACGAACCCAUGGAUAUCAAGUUCCUGUGCCUUAAUGGCACUGUUUUUGAUCAGGAGACAAGAGUAUGCGAGAGAGUAGACGAAGUAGAUUGUACAAAAUCUGAAAAGUUCUAUAGUUUAAAUUUAGAAUUGUAUGGAAGCACUACGCCUCCAAUCAUACAACCUGAACCAACGAAACCUCAAGCAAAACCAACAGAGCAAACACACCUGAAAAAUAAACCAAGUACCACAAUUAUUACAGACCCUGUAAUAAACGAAUCGCCAACAACACCUGAAAAAGUUAUAAAUCAACCAACAGAUACCAUUGACUCAACCGAAGAUCCGAUACAAGAAAAUAAAAAAGAUGAAUAUAAAAAUACGUCGACAUAUAAAUCGUCACCGUUGCCAUCAAAACAACAAGACAUACAACAUCUAGAGGAAUAUGAAGAUGAAGAUGACGCAAUAGAUGAAGACAACACUGAUUAUGAAGAAGAUUAUUCACAUCCGCAGACAACCACUACUAUUCAAACAAUUACGACAACACCUACAACAACAAAAACACCUUAUACAAGUACUAUGUUGCCACCACACACGACGCCACCAACUACAAUAACACAUUUAAUUUCUUCACCUUCUCCGUCUAUUUCAUCUUUAUCACCUCCGAUCCAUUCUUCCUUAACUCCUUCUGUACCGCCUUCGACGACUUUAGAUCCCUCUCUUUUAUCUCCACAAGAAUUUAUCUAUCGUCACAGAGGGCCUGGAUCAGAAGCUAUCUCUUUUCAACGACAAAGUUUUCGUCCAGCUGAUGGCGUUUACAUUACUCAUGCCCCUCCUCACCAAUUUGAUCACUUCCAAUAUGAAUCUUCUAGGACAGCACCACGACCUGUUGCAAAUCGUCCAGUGCCUUUUGUUCAACGCCCUCAACCAACACCAUUCCGGCCAACUACAAUUGAUCCACGUGAUCAAAUUUUACGUCCCGGCCCGAAUGCGCAAUCGUCUGAAAAAAUCGAAACUCCUGUAAAAAAUCGACCUCACCAUUCACACUUACCUGUACAACAAAAUUUACCAUUUAAUCCCUUCUAUUAUGAUCGUAAAAGAAGUGAUGACGUGAUCCCAGAAGACGAAUCAUCAUUAUCAGCAAGAUCAGUGGCUCCACCUACUACAAAAACAAGAAAACCAACUAAGCCUAAGAGUCCACCGCGUGUUAUAGUUACGGCUAGUGCAUCUGUAAGCGAUAGCAAUGGAAAAAAAUUGAAUUAUACCGUUGGAAAUGUAGUUAGCGCUGUCAAGCCAAUCGUUGCAAUUAAUUAUGAUGACUACAAAGAGUCGGAUCUUAUAUUCGAUCCAUUUUUUCUCGAUGUGCCAAAACUACAAUCAAGACGAAAGACUAGAUCUAGCAAAUAUAGAAAAGUUGUUGUUGUUCCUGUUCCUCCAUCAAUGUCAGUUAAUGUAUUGACAGAGAAGGUUCCUACCAGUACAUCAACACCUGUAACUUUACGAGCGACUACUACAAAAUCGUCAUCAACUACAUCUACAACCACUGUAGCAUGGAAUCCACAGGAUUAUGUCGAUGACAAUUACGAACCUCACGCAUAUGUACCACCCGUGCCUCCACUUGCAGUUUUAGUUACACAAGAUAACAUAAAAUAUAAGAAUAAAGAAAGAAUGUCAAUAAAUGAUGUUGUGGGGAAAGAAGCAAAUGAUGUUAAGUCGGCUAUCUUUCCAAAGGAACAAAUGAAAGAGACGUCCUCUGAAGCGCAUACAAUGUCUAGUCAAAGUGUGGGCACUGAGGCUACGGUGGCGGUCACCUCACCGACUCCUAUCGAGGCGCCCGCCUGCAUUACUUCGCGCUCAACUGACUGUCAGAUUCGUGCCUAAUAAUUAGCUCACUUAAUACAUAGAUAAGUAGUAACAUAUUUAAAUAGGUAGUUAAAUUUAAUAAUUUUAUGGAACCGAUUACGUCUGAAUAGUUACUUAUUUUUUAAUUGAUGUAAAUGUUAGAUCAGAAUACCGUAAUUUAUCUUACCUUUGUUACCACCUCGUCCUGUGGACAUUUGGAGACAUUAUUCGUGAUUUUCAUGAUCACGAUAAUAGGACUAAUAUACACAACGCAUAAUGUAUAUUAUAUUUAUAUUGAUGUGAAAAUAAAACGAAAUGUUGUACAUAAUUAUGUAUUAUAAAAUAAACAAUAAGUGUCUAAUG